AACACGUAAAUAGACUGAAAACUCCUGCUGGAACGUCAAACGGAGUCCAGAUUCCUGGUUCCAGCAGCAUGGCGCAAUCCAGGCUGUAUUUGGAGGCCCUAUCGGCCCUCAGCGGCUGUAACGUGGAAUCGACCAGCGCCAGCUCGCACCUGACGCCGCAGGACUUCGUCAACGUGGUCGCCCUCCGAGAGUUUUACAAGCAGAAGGGCUUCCAGCAGCUCGAGUACCCCAGUUUAGGGAGUAUGUCCCUGGUCGACGACGCGGACCUGUACGGCGCCCCACCGGCGGUCACCCAGGGCCCCGUCACUGACGCAGGGCCCCCACCGAGCUCCAGGCCCACCGUGAAGAUCAACCCCAACGACUUCUUCCACCAUGAGUACGACUACAACUUCACCAACAUACAGGAUGGUGACAGAACAUUCCUUCGGGGCAAUGAGCGGUACAUCCGCCCCUGUGGCUGGAAACGGGUUGCCCUGCGGGUUGUGCAGAGGUAUGAUGAUGGAGACACCUGGCUUGGGACAGACAAGGACGCCUGGCCCGUGUCCUACCACGGGCACAAGAUGGACGGGUCCCUCGGCAUCAUUAUGGCCCACUCCGGUAGCCCCAGAGACAAUCCCCAGUUCCUGGAUGAGGCAGCCUCCUCUCUAAUGACCAACGAAACUAGGGGCCGAGGAGUCUACUCAACCCCGGACAUCAAGUACGCAGAGGGACUGUGCAAGACGUUCAAGUCCAAAGUGGAUGACAAGAUGUACAAAGUGGUUCUUCAGAACCGCAUCAACCCAAAGAAGAGGGUGAAGUGCCAGAGAGAGAAUGUGUGGCUGGUCUACGUGCCCGAAGGGUCCACUGACGUCCAGACCAGGGUCAUAGUGGAGGAGUCCAUCCGCCCCUAUGGACUGCUGCUGAAGCAGGCCUGAAAAUCCAGAACUAGGGGAUCAUCAUCUUUAAAAAAAAAAAUGCCUCAGGCUUUUAUUUUGGAAGGGGUUGAUUGACAGCUGCCCAUCUCCCCUGAUUUCCCAGAAAAGCUUUUCUUUUGAUUUCAACAUAAACGGUAAAUGCUGUCAUGCUGCGCUUGCUUUUUGCUCCCAUCUGGUGGUCAGUCAUGUAAAUCAUUACAGAAAAUAAAACCUGCUGCAACAAAAGGAGAGCGAAAUACUUUGUGUCCCUUUGAAACUUGAUAAUCUCACCUGGUUUAUCCAUACAUCACCAACCACAGUCAAUUUAUUAAUUUUUAUCCUCUGUUUAAUUAAUCAGAUUUUAAUGCUGUUGGACUCAGAUCAGUCCAAUCAGUCCAAAUUCUGAUUGAGGGAUUAAAAAAAAAAUCGGACUGGAAAAUUCCAAAUCUACCAAACUCCAUUACCUCUUUCAGGGUAUGAAAAUGAAACGUGCAUUCAGCAUCAUUGUGGUCUCAGCAUUAACAUUGUUU